CACAACUCACAAUGGCGGGAGCGAAACAAGGCUCCCGCCACAUGCAGGGGUCCAUACCUUGUUUUAGCGCGUCGAUGACCUUUGUAUGUAUGCUAGACGUGGGAGCUACUUGGGAUGAUAUACCCCCGCGCGACAGACAAGCAUUCACUUUCACUCGCGACGACCUACCUCCUACGCUGAGCCCAAUCUACUACAAACUCGGCUGUCGUGACCUUCCAUCCCCAAGUUGGGAUUUCUCCAACACCUCAUAAGGCGAAUAGACAUCCAUCAAUCAACCAUGUUCGCGCGCCUCCCCACAGCCCUGCUGUUCCUUCUCAGCACCGCCUCCGCCUCCACACUCUCCCUGCACAUCCCCCGAGAUUCAAACUCAAAGGCGAGCGCAGACUACACCUCAGACUCCCUCUUCAAAAGCACAAUCCUGAAUGUCACCAACACCUAUCGAAAGCAGCACAACGCGACAAGUCUCAAGUGGAACGACACCCUCGCGGAUUUCGCAAAGGACUGGAGCGAGAAAUGCAACUUUGAGCACUCGGGCGGGCCAAACGGGGAGAAUCUGAGCAGCGGGUAUCCAAACGCGAGUCAGAGCAUCAUCGCAUGGGGGCAUGAGAGGGUAGAUUAUGAUUUCAAGAAGGGGGAGUUUACACAUGAGACCGGGCAUUUUUCGCAGCUCGUGUGGAAAGCCACAAAAACAGUAGGCUGCGGGCGAACAGAGUGCGAUGGCCAGGAUAAGGGCAAGGCACCCGGGUGGUUCGUCGUGUGCGAGUACUAUCCGCCCGGCAACGUCAUCGGCAGCUUUAUCGAGAACGUGCAGGCGCAGGUUCCCAAGGAUGAGCAGCCGGAGGGCCCGAGCGAUCCGGAUGUCCCAGAGCAGGAACCAGAUGCGAAAGAGUGCCCGCUGGGUGGGGAUUGUAGCAGCGGUGUGAGGAUCGGCGUGAGUUCGUUGGCGGUUGCGGUUUGGGUGACUGUGUGGUGGCUGUGAGAUGGGGUGGUCUCACGAGUUGAUUGAUGAAUGAAUGAAAGAAUGCAUGUAUAACAAGACUACAAGGAAUUAGGAGUCGCGCACAAUAAGCCGACCGAGGAAAACUGUCCCGGAGCAAGCGAAGGUCGGACAGUGGUACGUAGACCUUUGGAUCAAGACCAUAGACAUAACUUGGUAGUCACUU